AUGAAGCGGCAGAACGUGCGCACGCUGGCGCUCAUCGCGUGCACCUUCACCUACCUGCUGGUGGGCGCCGCGGUCUUCGACGCGCUGGAGUCGGAGCCCGAGAUGAUCGAGCGGCAGCGGCUGGAGCUGCGGCAGCAGGAGCUGCGGGCGCGCUACAACCUCAGCCAGGACGGCUACGAGGAGCUGGAGCGGGUGGUGCUGCGCCUCAAGCCGCACAAGGCCGGCGUGCAGUGGCGCUUCGCCGGCUCCUUCUACUUCGCCAUCACGGUCAUCACCACCAUCGGCUACGGCCACGCAGCGCCCAGCACGGAUGGCGGCAAGGUGUUCUGCAUGUUCUACGCGCUGCUGGGCAUCCCGCUCACGCUCGUCAUGUUCCAGAGCCUGGGUGAGCGCAUCAACACCUUCGUGAAGUACCUGCUGCACCGCGCCAAGAGGGGCCUGGGCAUGCGGCGCGCCGACGUGUCCAUGGCCAACAUGGUGCUCAUCGGCUUCUUCUCGUGCAUCAGCACCCUGUGCAUCGGGGCGGCGGCCUUCUCCUACUACGAGCACUGGACCUUCUUCCAGGCCUACUACUACUGCUUCAUCACCCUCACCACCAUCGGCUUCGGCGACUACGUGGCGCUGCAGAAGGACGAGGCGCUGCAGACGCAGCCGCAGUACGUGGCCUUCAGCUUCUUCUACAUCCUCACGGGCCUCACGGUCAUCGGCGCCUUCCUCAACCUCGUGGUGCUGCGCUUCAUGACCAUGAACGCCGAGGACGAGAAGCGCGACGCCGAGCACCGCGCGCUGCUCACGCGCAACGGGCAGGCGGGCGGCGCGGGCGGCGGGGGCGCGGGCGCGGGCGCGGGCAGCGCGCACACCACCGACUCCGCCUCGUCCAGCGCGGCCGCGGGCGGCGCGGGCGGCGGCUUCCGCAACGUGUACGCGGAGGUGCUGCACUUCCAGUCCAUGUGCUCGUGCCUCUGGUACAAGAGCCGCGAGAAGCUGCAGUACUCCAUCCCCAUGAUCAUCCCGCGGGACCUGUCCACGUCCGACACGUGCGUGGAGCAGAGCCACUCGUCGCCGGGGGGCGGCGGCCGCUACAGCGACACCCCCUCGCACCGCUGCCUCUGCAGCGGGGCGCAGCGCUCGGCCAUCAGCUCGGUGUCCACCGGCCUGCACAGCCUGUCCACCUUCCGCGGGCUCAUGAAGCGCAGGAGCUCCGUGUGAACGCCCCGCGGGGCCUGGAGCACCUGGGGGCGCGGGCGCGGGCCAGGGCGCGCGGGGGUCUCCUUGCCUGGAGGAGCUGCAGGGGUCUGAGAGGAGCCCGGUGGGGCGCCCCCACCCCUACACACCUCACCGCCCUCCCCCAGCCCCCCAUCUCCGACUGUGCCUGCCUGCACCGGCUGGCAGGAGCCUCGGGCUCUGAGGACCCCAGGGGCCUCCAUCCGCACCCUGCAAAUUCCGAGAAAUGUGAAAUGUGGGGAGUGGGGUAAGGGGGGAAGAGAAAAGCGGGGCAUCUCCCAAUUCCUUUGGAAAUCUAAGGAGCGCUCCAGUCCUCAGAGGCCCUGCUGGUACCCAGACCUCCACCCCGCCCUUCCCCCACCCGGAGGGGACUUCGUGUUCGUGUAGGUUUGCAUCUCUAUUUAUACCUCUGUCCUGCCAGGCCUCCCGCCUCCCCUUGGCCCCUAAAGCCAGGGUGUCUUUGUCCAGUCACCCCCCACUUAGUCCCACUCCCCUGCCUCAUCCCCAGCUGUGAGCCCCUCCCACUCCCCUUCGUGGUGUUUUGCAUGGCUUUGCAGUUAUGGAGAAAGUGGCAACCGGCAGUCCCUAAAGCUAGUCCAAGAGGGCAGCACACAAGCUGGGGUUGCAGCUGCAGGAGGCGGUGGGGGAGACAGGACCCUCCAAUCCUCUGGAUGGUCAGUGACAGUUACCUGGCCGCCAGUCACAUUCUGGGGGGUUGGGGUGGGGGGCGUCCAGCCUCCAGACAAUGCUCUUGGAAUCAAACACAACGUCAUAGUUGCCAUCCCAGCUGCUGCUGAUUAUCACGACUCUUAACCUGUGGAAUGAUUUUUAGCCUCUGGACACCCUGUCCUGACUACUCAUUUCUUUGAUUCUCAUAACACCCCAAUUAGGUCCCCGGAGCAGGCGUUCUCAUCUUCAUUUUACAGAUGGCACUGAGACCCAGGCGGGCGAAGGUGACACAGAGAGCAAGAGGCAAGGGGAGCCAGCCCCGGGCUGCCUGUCCUGCCCGCCCUGGAGAGCAGAGCUCCUGCCUUGUAGAGCUGGCGCUGUGUGGGCAUUUGGUGCUUAAACCAGAACCCGGGCUUAGGGCUGGGUCAGUGCUGGGCUCAGUCUAUACUCCACUUGGCCAGGCGGCAGGGGCUCAGAAUGGCCCCCUGAGACAGUGUAGGACCCCCAGACUCUGAACUGCCUGCUUACAAGCAAAAAAAUCCUUGGGACCCCGUGGGGCUGGGUGUCACGGGGAAAGGCCAGGAGCUGGGAUUUUCGGAGUUGGGCAUCGGGCAGAGCAGUCAGCAGAGCCAAGAGGCAUACCCUACUGGGACAGGAGCCCCGGGCCCACAGCCAUUGUUGGUACCUGUCUCUCAAGUAGCUCGGGGUCAGCUGGAACCACAGCAAGGAGCACCCCAACCAGAGGGCGUGGGGAGCUUGGGCCUGGUGUGCCCAUUGCCAACCCCACCUGCAACCCAGAAGCCAGAUGCAGAGCAGCAGAUGGAGGUCUUACCAUAGUCUCCAUGUCAGAACCCACAGCUGGAGCUGGUACCAUGACUCAGGGCAGCAUCAAGGGGGGCGGUGAGGAGCCUCUCCCCCCUCAAUACUGCUCUCGAGUGCUGGUCCCAUGUCACCUUAACACUGCUGAGCAAGACCAGCCCUGGGAUCCAGGAGAGCAGGAGGUGACAGGCCUGGUGACCCGCCUUGCCCUAACCCAGCCACCUGCUCCUACCUCUGGGAGCCCCAAGGAGGGAAGAGUGUGGCCUGGCCUGUGUGUGAGUCCUGUCUCAGUGUGGAGGAGCUGGCUGCCACAUGCCUAGGAGAGCAGGGCUGGGGACCCCAGGGUGCCCUCUGUGUUUUUAUUGGGGCGUGGGGGCAGUGCUGGCUGCCUCUGUCCUGUGUGUGACCCUGCCCUCGAGGGGUCCUGUCCUGUCAGUCCCGAGGGAGCCACAACCAAAGUUUCAGAGAGAUGGUGGGGACGGAGGCCUAACGGCCUGGGCAGAGCUGGGUGUCUCUAGGUCCUUCCUGUGGAACUGGAAGGCCUGUGUUGUCUCCCCCUCCCCGCUCCACUGCAGGCAGCCUUUCUGCUUCCCCAAUGCCUUAUGCCUGGGCUCACUGCCACAGAAUAUGCAAUAUGUGUGGGUGACGUGCCCCCACACCCACACCCCCACCCCGGGCAUUCCCUGGACCCCAAAGGCUGUGGUUGCCUCGGCCUCUCUUCAGCCCCUCCUGCCUACCUGUCUUCACACUGAGAAUGGCGCCUAAUAAAUGCUGUCCAUGGA